UAAUAUCGCAAUAUCGCUACGUGCUGUAUGUCAACAACUUCAUAGUUCUGUUUCUUUUCCCUUCAACAUUCGUUCAACAUGACGAAGGGUACAUCAAGUUUUGGUAAACGUCGGAAUAAGACCCAUACGCUUUGUCGGCGUUGUGGGCGAUCAUCGUAUCACAUCCAAAAAUCACAGUGCGCACAAUGCGGAUAUCCAUCAGCAAAAUUACGAUCAUAUAACUGGUCAGUUAAAGCUAAAAGGAGGAAGACCACUGGAACCGGUCGUAUGCGUUUCUUGAAGAUUGUAAGGCGUCGUUUCCGUAAUGGUUUCCGUGAAGGUGGUAAACCCGCUCCAAGAAAAGUAUCUGCAUAGAAUUUUUGUAUAAACUUAUUAAUUAUUAAUAAAACAUAAAAUUCAAAA